UAACUUUGACCCUCCGCACGCCCCGUCUCUCGCAUCCUUGUCCCUGGACGGCUUGCGCAGGCGCACAGGAAGGACUCGCAGUACGGGCGGAAGUGGAAUCUCCGGGAGGCUUUGGGGAAGGCGCUGGCGGAGUACACAGACGCCUGGGCGGUGUAGGCGUCCUCUGGUCGCCAUGAACCGACUCCAGGAUGACUAUGACCCGUACGCGGUGGAAGAGCCGAGCGACGAGGAGCCGGCUCUGAGCAGUUCUGAAGAUGAAGUGGAUGUGCUUUUACAUGGAACCCCAGACCAAAAACGAAAACUCAUCCGGGAAUGUCUUACUGGAGAAAGUGAGUCAUCGAGUGAAGAUGAAUUUGAAAAAGAAAUGGAGGCUGAACUAAACUCCACCAUGAAGACAAUGGAGGACCAGUUAUCCUCGCUGGGAACAGGGUCUUCUUCAGGAGUUGCCAAAGUGGGAGGAGUCACAGAAAAGUUCUAUGAUGAGAUAUAUUUUGAUUCUGAUUCUGAGGAUGAAGACAAAACAGUGACCAAGAAGAAGAAGAAGAAACAACACAGGAUUCCAACAAACGAUGAGCUGCUGUAUGAUCCAGAGAAAGAUAACAGAGACCAGGCCUGGGUUGACGCCAAGAGGAGGGGUUAUCAUGCUUUUGGAUUGCAAAGACCACGUCAGAAACAACAGCCUGUUCCAAACAGUGAUGCUGUUCUGAAUUGCCCAGCCUGUAUGACGACAUUGUGCCUUGAUUGCCAGAGGCAUGAAUCCUACAAGACGCAGUACAGGGCAAUGUUUGUGAUGAAUUGUUCUAUCAACAGAGAAGAGGUUCUGAGAUACAAGAAUCCAGAAAACAGGAGGAAAAGGCGGAGUGCUAAGAAGAUGAGGUCUAAUCCUGAAGAUCCCGCAGAGAGAGAAGCCGAGGAAGUCUACCACCCUGUCAUGUGCACGGAGUGCUCAACUGAAGUGGCAGUCUAUGACAAGGAUGAAGUCUUUCACUUUUUCAAUGUUUUAGCCAGUCAUUCUUGAUCAGUGUGACAGAUUUAGUAAGCACCCUAGUGCACCACACCUCCAGUCCAGCGGGAAGUUCUGAAAUCAUCUGGAGAAGGCUGGAGAGACGGCUCAGCGGUUAGAGCACCGACUGCUUGCUCUUCCAGAGGUCCUGAGUCCAAUUCCC